AGCACCUUCAUGGGGAGCCCCUGCUUCUAAAUCAACGCCCAGAAAUGAUCAGGCACAAAAUGGUAAUCGACAAAAUUUUAAUCGUGGUGGUCAAUCUUAUCACCACAACCAGUCGCCUGUUAGUCACAACUACCAGAGACCUUCCCCUUAUCACCCAGAUCAUAGAGGACGGGGCGGUACAUUUCAGAGUGGCAGACAAAACAGUGACAAUCCUAGAUUUCAGAGUCCUCGACAGAAUUUCAGCCCACAGAAUCCCUUUGCCAGCCAGUCUUGCAGCAGCUUUAGCAAUGAUAAUCCAUAUCAAAGUAAAGGACAAGCAUUCAGCCCUAACAACCCUUUCCAGAGAAACAAUCAAAAUAAUAGUCCCCAUUUUCAGCGGCCUCAGUCCAGUCCAUCGUCAAAUUCACCCAGAAUGAACAGCGUUCCAUUCAGCCCCCGAACACCAAAUGCUUCGAGAAAUUCAAGUAUGGGUAACCCAGGUGGCAGUGAAAACAUUCGAGAUUACAUCAGCUCCAGCAUGCUUGAAGAUCCAUGGAGGGAUUUACCACCAAGACCGUUGCUGCCAUUACACUGA